AUGCCGUCCCUCGUGCGAUCCCUUUCUGGCAACAUUACGUACAAACCGAUGGAAACUCAGGGUGGUGGCCAUGCACAGCCGCGUACGACUACGGAUCCGCUUGCCUUGGAUCCAUUCGCGGCAGACCCUCUUGCCCUGAACCCUAUCACGCCCCGUGCAUCGGUGCUUGGUCUCACAGGGUUGGUCAGUCCACUGAAUACGGCACUUUUUUCCUCAUCACCUCCUUCGGAUGCGGCGCUUCUCGGCGUGCCGCAGAUCGACGAGUUUCUGACAGCUCCCUUGCUCCCCAGCGACCCCGUCCCUCCUCCCAACCCAUCUUCCACCAGAAACGACACUCUGUUGAUCUGUUUAUCAUUCACAAACAUGUCGCCCAGCAUUGUUCGAGGCGAGCAGCUUGAGCUGGAACUCUUCCUCUUUCUCUCGUCUAUUGCGCCUGUCCACCAUGUCGAAUGCCCUCUGGAUGCUGCGCACGCACGCGCGUAUUUUGUGCACGAUACGUACGCCCAAGCGGUGAUGCAACAGGUGCCAAACAUUGCGUUUUACGGUGCAUACCUCUCUGUACAGCCAGCCUUGUUGGAGACGACGGUGCGCUUUGAGCUGCACGAUAAGUACAUCAACACGGUCCAGCUCAGUCCGCUUUGGAUACCCAGGUUUAAUCCUAGCAAGGCUGCCUCAGCUCCCCUGUCGCACAUUAGCCGCUACCCCUACAUUGCACGCUCGAUCCAGUUUUCAGCGAAGUUUGUCGAGGAUCUCGCUCGGGAGUUUGGCAAGUUUGCGUACAUGACGGAAGAGUUUUGCGGGCGCAAGCGCUUGAUGCACGUCACGUUCAGCACAAAAAAAGCGGCUACGGAAGCGGUCACGGAGUUGAGCAGGGCGACUUCGUACAGCAACCUAGACGUCCACUGGGCACUCUCGCCGCGGCUCAGAUCGGCAAAGCGCCCCGUUGUUGCGCGAGUGUUUGGGCCGUGUGGGGUCUGCAGCGUGCAAGCACAGCGUGCACAAGUGCGGGAGCAUGCCUACCAUCCCUACCACCGCUAA